ACUUUGAGCAAUUUAAUUUUAAAAGGUAUAUUCUACUUUAAUAUAAAUAAUGCUUUUUAAAAUUCACUUUCAAUUUAAUUUAAUUUAAACUUAACGCAAUUUUUAACUGAGUUUUUCGUUUAUGUAACUUGUAACGUAACAAAAUUAAUUUUAUGUGUUUGUGUACAUUUAUGUGUACCAACUUUAAUUGGAUUUAAUUUAGUUUAAAUUUUAAAACUUGCCCAAUCGGACUGAUUAAUAUUUAUGUGAAAAAAAAUGAAAAUAAUUAUUUAUAAUAAUGAUUUUGAUCUAACAAGUGAAAUUGUUAUAUUUUUAUUAAAGUAAUAUCAUAUUUAGGGAGAAUUCAUGAAUAUUAUAUGGUUUUGCACGAAAAUGGUACGGUACAUGUUUGUUUAAUUUCCAAAUGUACUUUAAUUCCAAUCUUUUGUAUGAAUUUAAUUUUACAAAAUCCUUGUUUGAUUAAAUUACUUAAAGUUCUUUUCUCAGUAAAACUCAAUAUAAUUUUAGAAAGUUAUUUAAAGUAAACUGUAUGGCCAAAAAAAUUCAGGAAUGCCUACACAUUAUGUGUACAUUUUUUAUUAUAUGUAUCAUAAACUUGUUCUCAAAAUUUAGCUCUUAUAUUACGUGAAAAGACUAGAGAAUCUCCUUAAGGCGAUGGAAUCGUCUGUAUUACCGACAUUUUAUCAAACAAGUUAUACUUUGUGUUGAUUUCACAGAAAUAUAAUUCCUUUUACAGAAUUAAAAUACACAUGCCAAUGUAUACGGCUCUGGUUUACUUUUUGUGAAAAAAAAUAAUAAAAAAUUUUUAAAUUACAAAUUUUUUUUAUCGACUUUUAUUUUAAUAUGCGGCGACCAAAACCGUCAAUUCACUGAUACAUUUAUUUCGUGAAAACAUUAUACUAGAUACUUAUACAAAAUAAAGGCAGAGCCAGGUGUAAAAUAAAUGAAUAAAUAAUAUUGAAUCGUUAGAAUUAUGUCGGGGAGUCUAAUUUAAGAGAAUAGAACGUUUGACAAAUUGUGUACGUGCACAUGAAAUCUCGAUGUAGUAGUACAUAAGAGUCUGCUAAUGUUUCGUAAAUCGUACGUACGUAUUGUACAUCGCAAGUCGGUGAGUUUGCCGGUAAAAAUGCCGACUCCAACAUCGCCUUAAGUACAGAGCGUUUCUAGAAUUGUAUAAUUAUUUUAUCGGGGAAGGUCUAUAAUUGGAGGCAUCGACGGGGCGCGGGGGACUGAUAUUAUGAAAGAAAAGCGAUCGUUCCUCUUGCAUUUUAAUCGUUCGAUAAGGCGUUGCGAUUCCCACUCGUGGACUGGUAAACCCGUAGACUCGUAAGACAGUCGUUUUUGGAUUGACACGGCGUUGCACAAUGUUUACGUGGUCACGACCGCGGUGGGAUCUCGCUGCGUGGUCGGAGUCAAUGAUCUGCGCACACGCAAUUGCAUCGCCGCUCGAAGCAGCUACUUUCCAACGCCUCGUCCGACAUGGUCUUUCGACGCUUAGUCAACGAUCGAUCCGCGCGCCGAUCGUCUUCGACUUCACAGGAUUAGAAAAAAAAAAAAACACUUUGAUCUAAGAAAUGAGUUUCCACGAGAGAUUGGCUGGGGCGCCCGAAAGAUCAUUAUGAGUGACGCAUUUGAAAGAACAUAUACGUGUAUCGACUGCUCGAGUGUGUGCAAUCUUUCUGAAACCUUUGAAAUAAAAGAGAUUAAACGGCGACGCCUUGCAAAGAAUGAAGAAAUCGGCCUUAUUAACGUAAUAUCUGUUGUUGGCAAGACUUUCUGAAUUAUGCGCUUUCACGAGUGAACCUAACUGUGUACGCCAAAUCUGUCUCUGUCACCUUUAUGUAUAUGUAGCAGCAGCUACGAAUGACGAGUAGCACAAUGUAGAGGCGAAUUCAAGAAGAAUUUUGCCACGCGGAUACGUUCGGAAUGCAUCGAGAGCGCAUCGCUGGCGCAAUGGCGGCUUCUCACUUUUACUUCGCUCCUCGCGCAUCCAAUCGCGGAUAAUGAGCGGCGGAAUAAUUAAGGAAGCAUUCCUUACGUCGAGUGUGGCAGAAGGGCAUUAGCGAAAUUGAAAUGGAUAUUAAACAAGCGGCAUUAUCGAAAAUGAAGACGCGGAGCCGCUAUGGGGAGAUUUAAUGAGCUGUGCCGUACUUCUUUUACAUUUUAUCCUCUACAUUUAUCCUAGCAAGAAUUUCCAGACGAGAGCGGUGUUGCGAGUCCGUUCCCUUUUUCUCCCCCCCCCCCCCUCUCUCUCUCUUCAAUUUUAAAGGUGUACGAAGUAAUUCAGGAGAGUUACGUGAAUCUGUCUAAUGUCGAUAAAUCAAUUCGACAUCGCCGUAUAAGAAGAAGAAGAAGAAAUAAUCGUGUCCCAUCUUGCGGUUGCACUAGCCGCGCUCGGCAAUCGACAAUUUCUAUCGCUCUUCUGCAACUUCGCCACGGCCGCUAGGCAGACUAGCUUCCCUUCGCGCGUUCCUCGCGCCUCCUCGUAGCCACCUGCACUAGCCAUGUAAUAUCCGCACGUGCAUGUGCACGGUUGCGCGCGCGCGCGUAUUUAGCGCGUAAUUUAUAUAAGAAGAGAGGCACGCUUGGUUCCACCCCAAAGCGCUUCGAUCCACUGGCGCCGGCAGCUUAUGAUUUCAUCGCGCUAAAAAAUCCCGGCGAGAACGGAAGACUCCGAACGAGAUCGCGAAGGGGGAGAGGGGGAGAGGGGGAGGGCCCACCCGCCGACAGGUGGGACAGAGAGGGGCUCCGGGAAACGGGGAAAGUGCGCGAUCCGGCGGGGCGAUUAGAACGGGCGCGAUCGAUCGGGGAAUAUGGGCCGCUUUCGGGCACGGCCUAAUUAGCGUGUCUCAAUUAAAAUUGCAUAUAUACGCCACUGCGUACGCGGAGGCAAUUGUUGCGGAGAGGCGAGGAAGGCCCGCAACUUGCAGUGCCGCGUCGAACAUCCUAGCGUCCGCAUCGCGCGAUCAUCUCCGGUGCCGCGCGGCAGCGAGGGAAAAAGGAGGCCCUUCCCUCUUGAUGGUCUUCCGCGAAAGGGUCGCUUUCGCGACGGACGACGGCGGGCCGUGUCGGUGGGACCGUAGGAUGACACUGCCGUCCACCGGGCACCGUUAACGAAUUCCCCGGUGUGUGCGGCCGCAGACUUUUGCCGACUGACCCAAUGAGCCCGAUAGACGCCAGUCGUGGCCUCCUAACUUCUUUACACCGAAUUUAACAUGCGCGCGACAACGCGGACCACGUCCAACGGCUCGGGUCGCAAUCGCCGAUCGUGACGGGAGUCCGCGAUGAGACCCGGUCGCCGCGGCUGCUGUAAAUAAGUCGGAAACGCGGGGAAAAGCCGCGACGGAGACGGCGGAAAACUGUACGCGGAAACGCGCGACGGAUGGAAGAAUGUGGAAGCCUCGACGGACGGGCGAUAGAUCAGCCUGAUUUAUUUGACGACCCCAAGUCGCAAGUUUCAAUUGGAAAUAGGAAAAAAACGUUUAUGCGACGUGUUGCUCUACCGGUCGCGAAUGCGACUCUCUGCACAGCCGAAGCGGUUUUCUCGACGCGGCUGGACAACUGGUAUCUAACUGAAAACUCGUUUGGGCGCGAUCGCGACGUGCUUGACCCGUUUUUCGCUUCGUUUUUUUUUUUCUUCUUUCGCGUAUUAAACGGUGUUAAAAUCGUGUGUUACGCGUGAGUGAUUAAAUUUCACAACCAGGAGAAUAGAGAAGUAGUAAAUAUAACGAAUAAUGUAAAUGUAUAAAAGACACUGUUUAUUUACAUUAACAAAUGUGUAACAUUUAAUAUUAAAAAUAGAUAUGUGUGUGAAUCAUGAAACCCGGUUGAUUAAAUAUCGCAAAGGAGAACAGAAAAAUUAUAUAAAUAUCAAAUAUAACAAAUGUAAUAAAUAUCAGUGUGUGAGACAUACUGUUGACUUCAAUUAAUAGAGCCUUGUGUUUAACUGAAUAAAUCAAUGGAUAAUUUAUGUUAAUGUGAACAUGUGUGAAUAAAAAUAAAAAUAAUAAUAAUGUUUAUUUGUUUUACAAUUAAAUAUUAUAAAUGCGCAAGGCAUACUGCUUGCUUGAAUUAACGAAUCUAAGUGUUUGAUUGAAUAAAUCAAUAAAUACAAUAAUAAUUAGUAUUAACAUGAAUAUGUAUGAAUCAUAAAAUCCAGUGAUUUGAACAAAUGUCAAAUGUAAUAAAUAACAAAAUAUAAUAAAUAUCAGUGUGUACGCCAUUGAUAUUUAGUUGACCUAAUGAAUCUAUGUUUGAUUGAAUAACUUAAUAAAUAAUUAAUAUAACGUGAAUCAUAAAAUCCAGUUGGCAUGUGACUCGAUAGAGUGAUUCGCGAGUUUGCGUUGAGCUUGGAGCAUUUCCCGGACUACCGAUCGUCACGUUACAUCAAUUUUAAGCGAGGCAUCGAACCUCCCGAGUGUGUCGCGUGUGUUCGAUACCUCGGUCGCAUCCGAGAGAGUUGCGCAGCGGGCAUUGACUUGAAACGCUACACGCGUCAUCCACGACGAGGUUGUUAUUUAAAUUGAGCGAACUUGGAAGAAAGAAGGAGAGAUGCAAUCGAAGCUUGACGUCGCCGUAACUGAGGAAAAACGCAAUCAUACUGCACGCGAUGUUUUAAAAAAGAAAGAAAGAAAAACCCGGGGGAAGAAGGAAAAGCAAGACAUUUGCGCGCGUAAUCUUGUAUCGUGAACUGUGAGAAUAGCUGGAAACGCGUCUCGAAAGUCUUCGAAGAUUGCACAUUCGAUAAAAAUCGAGAUUACGCGUAUCUGUAAUCAGACAAUUAUGUUUUACAUGUGCGUCACGUCAUUUACAAUUAUAUGAAGAGAUGAGCACAUGAAGAUGUGUACGCGUUAUCUUCAUGGGAAAUUCAGCUAAAGGAAAUCAGUCGAUUUUUACAAACGGAGAUCCUCCACGUUCGCAAGAAUUAUGUUCAACUUCUGUCACGCUGUACGCGUUCGAGAUAACUAUGGACGGGCGUUCGAAAGUUAGCAAAAUUUAGUAGAGGAACCGAGCUGCUGGUACAUUAGCGGGCGACGAUCGAGAUCUCUUCCUCGAUUACGCGAAGAGAGGAGGAGUCUCGGCGAGAAGGCGAGUGGCGUGCGAUCGGUCCGCACAUGAGGUGCGCGACCGAUCGCCGAUAUUUCCGGCAGCAGCGAUGGCCAACGCGGAUUCGCCGGGCGGCUCGAGCGCCAGGCAGCAGCAACGGCGACGCUGGUCCGUGGGUCGAUCGUCGACCCCGAGGAAUCACUUUUCGCUACACUCUUCGGAAGCUUUCUACGCGAGCACGGAACCGUUAUCCGGCGGCCGCGGCGGACGAGCGUUGCAUAAUGCGAGCAGCGGCGGCGGCGGUGGCCCAGACCCAGAUUCGAAUUCCGUCCUGGAUUCCUACGCGCCGGAAACGGGUGGCAGGCAGCAGUACCGGGCAGCUGCCGCCCGGCGGACGUCCCAGGACUCGAGUGACCGACGUGCGAGCGUCGCGAGGAGCGAGACGACGUACUAUACGGUGCCGCGCGGCCCGGCGGUCUCCAGAAAGGAGAUCCUGCGACGGAGGUGUGUCAAGGACGACGUCGAGACGACGACGCUCCAUUCCACGCCGGAGAAGGAUCAGGUCGAGAAGAGACCGAGAACGUUGCCGUCGACCGGUAGGAGAGCUCGUCAGGACACCGAGCAGCGGAGCGCUUCCUCGCUCUUGAAGAGAGUCUCCAGGCAGGACAUCCUGCAGCGUCGCGCGACCAUAGAGGCGAGCUCGCAAUUGAAAGAUGUCGCGAGAACGUCCUCGGGUUUCCCAAAUUCCGGUCGCUCGGCUAAAGAGAGUCGCGAUCUCUCGCGGCCGUCGACCUUGCCGAAGGUCGUGCACGCCUCGAAAAUGUCUCGGCUGGAGGAGCACUCCUCCUCUUCGAGGACGAGGGAGGCCGCUGGGAGGGAAGCGCCCAUUUAUGGAAAAAUUCGGCGGCGGAAAAUGUCGCUGCCGACUGGCGCCGCGACUCUCCGGGACUCCACCGUGACUCCUUCGAGCACAUUGACGAGAUUCUCCAGGGCAAAGGCGAAUGGAGAGCGCGCGGACGCUACGACGAAAGUCAUCAGGCACCUGCGAGAUCCCUUUCCCGACCCACCCGAUCGGUCCAGAUCUGGCACGGACAACGUCACUCGUGACGACAUUUAUGUCAAGGUCGCGCGCAAAUCCUCCAGGCAAGCUCCUCGCGAGGAGAGACUGGAGCCGGUCGACCGGACGAUGUCUAGGCGCAGAAUAAUCAGCAACGCGAGCGAAACGGAUUCCUUGGAGCGAAGGAUGCACCAGGAUCGAGAUCAGGACGUGGUCAGGGUCAAGCACGACGCAAUACUGGUCUCCAAAACGGACAUCGACCGGCUGCGUAAUUUUAAAACGGGGAGAAACGAUCUCGAAGACGCGAAGACGUCUUACUGCGCGGACUCCACCUGGUCUAGGCGGAAGAAUUCGAAAACGGACUCUUGGUCCCGCGAUAAGUGUCCUCACAGAGAUUCCACGUGGACCUCCAGCGAGAGGCAAGAGAGAUGCCGACCGAAGUCGCAGAGCGAAUUGUUAACGAACGCGCAAUUGGGGGACUCGAAGACGGGAAUAAGAUCGACGACGUUGCCGAGCUACGUGAAGAUCGGACGGAAGACGUCGACGGGGAAUCUGCCGGCGCGGAACGUGGACGAGCAGAGAAGAGUCUCGACGAGCGGAGUGUUGACGAAGCAGAGCAAAGAGAGGUCGAAUUACGUGAGGAAGACGGCGACGUGUGUCCCGACACACGUCAGAGCGCUUAGCGACGCGAACAGCGCACGUUCUAACUCUCCGGACAUGCCGUCGUCGAUAUUCGGUUUCUGUACCGGAAAGAGAAGGAUGCAGGUGGCUCGUAGAUCCCAGUCGUGGAACUGGAAAACGGUUCGAAAUUACCUGUGGAUCGAUUCGAAAAAAUAUACAAUAUAGGAUUUAACGAAGUUUUCAUUUUUAAGCGAUCUAUUCUAUUUAAAAGUCAAACACGUAAUUUUAUCGUAUUGAUUAACGAAACAGUUUAACGAUCUAUUUUCUGAAAGGCUAUUAUUUUAAUUAAGUGAAAUUGUGCCGGCAAAUUUUUUUCAGAAUCUCCUGUUCUGAAAUUUGGAUAGCGAGAAGUUUUCUGUUGCAAAUGUGAAAGUUGAUUUAACUAGUCGUUGAUGUUGAAAGAACCUAAUUUCUGAUAUUGUGUUUAAUGAAGAAAUAAUAAAUUUCGCGUGCCAAUCUAAAAUAUCAGCAAGCGUAGGUGAAACGUCUGUAUCAUUAGACUGCUUAUUUGAAGAAUGUAAUA